CGCAGCAACCGUCUCGACUGAGUCACUCAGUCUCCUCCUCCAACGCCAACACCACCAAAAAUCACCAUCUCCCCCCUCUAUCUCUCUGCAGAACUACACGCUUCUUUCUCUCUCUCUCUCUCUAACCCUAAUUGCCCCUUUUCGUCUUUUCAAUUAUUGCCCACAAUCAAACGGCUCAUAUCACUCCACGUCUCCAUCACCAUCAUCUUUCUUCAUCACCGUCUCUCUGCUACCUCACGAAAUUGAUUUUCUAUAAGAUCCCUUUUCUAGGGUUUUCCACACACACAUACACACUCUCGAAGUUCUUGCAGAAAACGCGAUAUCGAAGAAAGAUUUUCGUCCACGAGUGAGCUUCCGCUUUGUGGUUUUAGCACAAUUAAGGGGUUCGUCAUGAAUUGAGGGAAUCAGAGAACUGUGUUAUAGAAUUUUGGUUAUUGGAUGGCGAUUGAAAAGAACAGUUUCAAGGUCGUUGCCAGUGCUCGAUUAGAGUCUGAGUUUUCUUCUCGUAGUCGUGAAGAAAGUAUGUCUAGUGAAGAUGAUGACUUUCAGAGGCGAGGAGGUGUUGAGUUGGAUGAAGAUGAAGACGAUUAUGAAGAUUGUGAUUCCGGUGCAGGUUCUGAUGACUUUGAUUUACUCGAAUUGGGUGAAACUGGUGAAGAAUUUUGUCAAAUUGGGGAUCAAACAUGUAGCAUUCCUUUCGAGUUAUACGAUCUUCCAGGUUUAGGCGAUAUUUUAUCCAUGAAUGUUUGGAACGAUGUUCUUACAGAAGAAGAACGGGUAAGUCUUACAAAAUACCUUCCCGAUAUGGACCAAGAACAUUUCAUGAGAACAAUGAAAGAACUCUUCACUGGUUCCAAUUUUCAUUUUGGAGUUCCAAUACAUAAACUUUUUGACAUGUUAAAGGGAGGUUUAUGUGAGCCAAGAGUCUCACUCUACAGACAGGGACUCGGGUUCUUUCAGAAACACAAACACUAUCACGUCAUCAGAAAGCAUCAGAACACAAUGGUGAAUAAUCUCGUUUCAAUACGCGACGCUUGGACAAAGUGUCGCGGAUACAGCAUUGAAGAAAAGCUUCGUGUGUUGAACAUUAUGAAAAGUCAAAAGAGCUUAAUGUAUGAAAAGAUGGAAGAACAGGAAACCGAUUCAUCUGAAUUUGAAGAAUCCACUGAUUGGGGCAACAAGAAGGUUAAAGAUCGUAAACAGAAACAUGCCCAUUAUCCAGGUUAUCGAUCCAGUCCAACAUUAGCUUUAGAACAACCAAAUAAACAAAACCCAAAAGGAACCCUAAAAGUUUCUGGAUCAAAAAUGGGUUCGGGUUCCAUUGAAGUAAAGCCAGGUCCUUCAGGGUCAACUAGGGCUUAUGGGUUUGUAGGCAAUGAUGAAGAAGAAGAAAGAACAAUGUAUGAUGUUGCUGUUCAUCGAGAUCAUAAUGUUUCAAUAAACAAAUCAGGGAAAAAGUUUAAAGGUGUCCAUGAUGAAUUUCCUGAAACUUACAUGGGUUUACCUGUGUCAUUGAGGACAGAUAUGCAUGCUUUUGGUAGAAACAGAACUGUAAAUUCAUUGUCAGAUAUCAAGGUAUUAACUUCAAGACCUUCUAAUAUAAGGGUACCUUAUGAUUAUGGGAAAAAACUCAAACGCCCUGAGAAUAAUACUCUGUAUACUAGAGGUGAACCAUUAUGGCAUAACCAAGAACAAAUGGAUCCACCCUACAGAAUGGGGCAGAAGAAGGGUAGAAUGGUCAAUAAUGGCGGACGGGUGGUGGCAGCUGCUGAAGGAAUGAAAAUGCUGGCAAAAGGUGAGGAAACAGAGUCGGAUUCAUCUGAACAAUUUGGGGAAGAUGAUGAUGAUAAUAACCCUUUAAUGAGAAGCAAAUGGGCUUACCCUAGUGGUGGAUCGGGUAUAAAACCCGGGUCAAGUUUAAAAAAAGGUAAAAACAAUAAUAAUAAUUCAAGAAAGAAUGGUGAUUUUCGUGAUGUCAUGCUUCCUGGAGGUGAAGAGAUGUAUACUCUGAAAGGAAAACAGAAGGGUAAGUUUAAUAAUACACAUGGGAUCAAUCAUUUUGAUGAUUUUAAUGGUGAUGUUGAAGUUUCUGAAAUGUUUCAAGUGCCCUUGCGAAAAGCGUACCCUGGUGGGAUCGGGAAGAAGCAAAAAGACUAUUCUACCCUUCCGAUGAUUCACAUGAACGAUUAUCUCGAAGACCCUUCUGUUGGAAGGUCUGGUAAAAAAGGUCAAAUCUUUGAAGGGUAUCCUGAAAUGGGAGAUGUAAGGUUAUUAGGGUGCAACUCGGUUAACUCAGUGUCAAAAAAACGAAAGGUAAAAGAUGAAUUGAUGUACAUGGAUGAACAAGAGAAUCUUGGAUACUCAAACUCAAGCCCACAACAACCACUUGAUGAUGUUUCCUUCAUUAAAAAAAGGAAAUGGUCGGAUACAAUUCCUUUUGAAAACAUGAUGAAUGAGCAAAUUAUGGAUACAACAGAGGAAGAUUUGGAGUUAGAAAAUAAAACCCAAAAAAAACCUUUCACUUUAAUCACUCCCACAGUUCACACAGGGUUCUCAUUCUCCAUCAUCCACCUUCUGUCAGCUGUACGCAUGGCAAUGGUCAGUCAACUUCCGGAAGAUUCCAUGGAUGUUGACAAGACUCACAAUGGUGAAGAAACAAAGCAAGAAGUCAUCAAUGGAGGAGAUCAAGGUCCAACAACUUCUGAUCCUUCUUCUGUAAACCCUAAUCUCCCAUCUUUGACCGUGAAAGAUAUAGUCAACCGGGUCCGGUCAAACCCCGGAGACCCAUGCAUUCUUGAAACACAAGAGCCACUUCAAGAUUUAGUACGCGGAGUCUUGAAAAUCUUCUCUUCAAAAACCGCACCUUUAGGAGCAAAAGGAUGGAAAUCCCUCGUUUUAUAUAAAAAAUCAAUCAAAAGCUGGUCAUGGGUGGGCCCCGUUUCUCAAAUUUCAUCCGAUGAUCAAGAAAUAGUCGAACAAGUAACAUCUCCCGAAUCGUGGGGCCUACCCCACAAAAUGCUGGUCAAACUCGUUGACUCAUUCGCCAACUGGCUAAAAAGCGGACAAGAAACAUUACAACAAAUCGGAAGCCUCCCUGCUCCUCCACUAACACUAAUGCAACUCAAUUUGGAUGAAAAGGAAAGAUUCCGUGACUUAAGAGCUCAAAAGAGUUUAAAUACAAUAAACCCGAGUUCCGAAGAAGUCCGGGGGUAUUUUCGGAAAGAAGAAAUAUUGCGGUAUUUGAUCCCGGAUCGUGCGUUCGCGUACACAGCCGUGGACGGUAAAAAGUCAACCGUGGCGCCGUCGAGAAAAGGCGCGGGGAAACCGACGUCGAAAGCGCGGGACCACUUCAUGCUGAAGCGCGACCGGCCGCCACAUGUCACGAUCCUGUGCCUGGUCCGGGACGCAGCUGCUCGGCUGCCCGGAAGCAUCGGGACCCGGGCGGAUGUUUGUACUUUGAUACGGGAUUCUCAAUAUAUAGUGGAAGAUGUGUCGGAUGCUCAAGUGAAUCAGGUUGUGAGUGGGGCGUUGGAUCGGUUGCAUUAUGAGCGGGACCCGUGUGUGCAGUUUGAUGGAGAGAGGAAAUUGUGGGUUUAUUUGCAUAGAGAGAGAGAAGAGGAGGAUUUUGAGGAUGAUGGGACUUCGUCUACUAAGAAAUGGAAGAGGCAGAAGAAGGAAUCCGGUGAGGGUGCGGACCAGGGGAGUGUCACGCUGGCUUACCGUGGGCCCGGGGAACAAACGGGUUUUGAUUUGAGUUCGGAUUUGAAUGUGGACCCCAUGGUUAUGGGUAUGGGUAUGGGUGAUAAAAUGUUGAGUGAAAGGAAUUUGAAUAAUGAGGAUUUUGAUGAUGGGAGAGAGGAAGAUACAGAGGUUUUAAACACAAGUGUAUCUUGAUGAUUUUUUUUUUAUAAAGGACUAUGAUUUGGUGUCGUUAUUCAUACAUACGGGCUUAUCUUUUUGUGCAGAUGAAUGGUCGUGAUGUGAUGUGAUGUGAUGUGAUUGAGCCCCUGCCCUUGCAAAAUGGAAGCUAAUUUGAAAAGGGUGAAUAAAGAAAUAUGGUGUAGUAAUAAAGUGCUCUGAGAAAAGAAUGGAUUUUUGGGGAGAAAUUUAAUGGUUGAAGUUUGGAGGAUGAAAUAUGAAUAUGUAGUAGUUUGGUGGUGGUAUAUAAUUUUUUUUUUUUUUGGUUAAUUAUGAUUUAUGCAUAUAUGCUCUACGGGUUGUUAAUAUGAGGAGACCCAUGGAUUGUUGAUGUCUUUUGUUGACUGAAAACUUUUUAUAUGUUUCUAUGUUUGUAGGGGAGAUGGAGUAUGUGUAUGAUUUUUGGAUACUAAAUACUAACAAAGAGUUUAUAUAAAAAUUACAAGAUGGUUAUUAGUUUAUUA